ACGAUGGUUUGGACGGCAUGAAGAACAGCCCCGCGAACGGUCCGGGCACGCCACGGGAAGACUCCGGCAGCGGUAUGGGCGAUUACAACCUCGGCGGCUUCGGUGGUCCCGGCGAGAACGUAAGUUUCGACAAUUUCUAGUGACCAGUGUACUGCCAAUGUACCUCUUCGCUCACAUUGCCCCCACAACCACAACCCUUCAUUUUAACAACAUUUUGCAACAACAACAACAACAACAAAACAACCAAUCGACAACAAACCCGCAAGGCUGAAUGUGUGGGGUAAAACAGCGACCGACUUUUUUAUGUAUGAUUUAGUUUAUCCGCGUCUCCCCCCCCCAUCCCACUCAAGUGUGUGUUUGUAGUGGGUCUUCGUCCCGCACCUCCCUCAAAUACAUAUUUGGUGUGCGCUGCACAAUGCGAAUUAUUUUAUCACACAAAACAUUUCCUAACUGUGUUGUUCCUGUACCGAGCUAUUAAAAUAUUAUCUCCCAAUCAACGUGAGAAAGGCCGUGUCUUAAAGCUAGAAUGUUAAACACGUUUUCAUUUUAAAAUUGUUCACCUUUUCGCGUUGAGAUCGAUCCGUCACUUUGGGGGAGAAGCGAGUGCACGCACACAAAUCGAUAAAAAACAACACUCAUCAUGUAUAUUUUAACAUACUCACACUUUUACUUCAUAAUGUUUUGGUUCACCGAAGGCGGGCAGACGUUACUACUGAAAACGUUUCAUGGGAAAUUCAGGUGGCAUUUUUCUGUUUUUUAUUAAAUUAAAUUUCUCAGCAUUUCGUGCACAGUUAUCUUUUUUUUCUAAGCGCCCUUGAUUGAUUCUUUUCCAAAAGGUUUCACAGUCGGUGAAUACUUUUGAUGAAUUAAUAAAUCUUUUUUUUUAAAUUUUGGUUGCACCGUCCGCUAUUGAGUGGACUUUUAAAUGUAAAUAUAAAGCAUAGCGUGUGUUUGGUCGAGUUUGGAUUUUCCAGUGUACAAAUUGUUCACUGCAAACCAAAACUCGCUGUUCAGUUUGCUGCAUUUGCGCACUCAUUUCAAUGUUUCGGUAAUUGGUAAUUUUUAAUCGCACAAAAGGGUAUGAAAUUAAAUGAAAAAGGAAAUUCUAAUUUAAUUCUGGCCUGAAGACUGGGAGUGUGCCAGUCGAAAAGGAUAGGGUGGUGUACCAUUUUAGUAACGGCACUGUCAAGUAACGUUUUCUGUUUAUUUUAGAUAAUUUUAAUGAUAAAGAAAAUCAUCUGUUAACUAAUAUAUUUCUCUGUAAGGCCUUCACUGUUUGUGUCCCCUCGAUAUAUAUAUCGAAUCAACAACAACAAGAAAAAGAAAAAAAGUUCCCCAAUUCAUAUUAAUGAGAGUGGUGCGAGUUUGUUGUGUGUGCCUCUAUAAUAGUAAUUUACAGACUGCUCAAUCGACAAUGGUAUGAACAUUUACCGGGGCACCACCACCACCUACACGGGUAAAUGUUGGUAGCAUUUAAUAUGUUGAAUUUAAUGGUUACGAUCCGCGAUCACACACCACCACCACCACCACCUCUCUUGAUAGUAAAUUGUGUAAAUAUAAUCUUAUAAAUAUAUAUCUAUAUACACUGCGCGCAUCUUUAUAAUUAUUGCUGUAAGAAAACAACAACAACAGUCGUCCCUUUUCUUUUUUAUAGGUUUUGAGGAAGAUUUGGUUUUGAAUUGUAAAAUGAAAAUCUCCUUCUCUUCUCUUUAUUUUGUUUUUCAAUUGUCUCUUCAGUUUGAGCGGAACUUAUUUUUCGUUAUUUCUACUACAUCUUAAUGUUUCAUUUUGGUUACUUUUUUGGUUUUGUACAUGACAACUUGUAUGCACCUUUGUUUUCUAUUUUCAUAUCUAUUCAAAAUGUUUUUUUUUUAACAAGAGCGUUUCUGCACAAACCCCGUUUGUGAGAAGUAACGCAAAGAGAAGAAGUUUUGUCUUUUCACGCGGGACAUCGUUAUCCAUUUAAUAUCCCAAUCUAAAAAACACAUCAACCAAUGACCUGAAUGUACAGAGAGGAAUGUAGAUAUCUCUUCUUAACAUAAAUAGCUAAACAACAAAAAAAAAAAACACAAAGCGGGGGCAACAAUGAUGAUAUUAUUUUAUGUGGAGCACUAUCCAUUUGAACACUACAAACAACCAAACAAACAAAACAACAAACAACCUGCACGACAAACGAGCAAGAGAAAGAGAAUUAAAACAUGAUAAAUGUAUUUGUGUGUGUGUAUGUAUGUGUGUUUUACUACAACACGACACGUGUACGUGGGUGCGUGUGUUUGUAAAACAUGGACAAAUAAAUAAAGAGAAAGAGAACGAUGUUUUCAUUCGCCAUAUUCUUCAAGCGUGUUUGUAAAAGGUAGCCAGAUACGACAUGCACCGAGCAUUGUUAGCAAGCGUUCUAAUAUGAAUUACAAAUCAUUGUGUAACAGCAGCAGCAGCAGAUGAUAGAGAGCGUAAUUUGGGGCAUCAGCAUUGAACAAUAAGGAGUUAAUAUGGGGACACGUAGGGAUUACAGUCAAGGGAAAGUAGUUGUAAAAGGGUUAGAAAGGAACAAUCAAUCAAGCUUUAGAAAAACAAAUCGUCAAAUUAUCGGCACUAUUUGUUUUUGUGAAAAAGGCUUUUUGUUUUUGGAAUAGAAUAUAAUUCUAGCAGAUAAAAUAAACCAGCGCAGCGUAAGCAUAUACACUACUAGCUAUUACAGUUGAUAUGAACGCCACGCCGCGUAUCAUUUGUGUUUAAAAAGCCGGUUCGAAAUAAAGCAUACCACACCUCACUCCCUUUA